AUGGCUCACCACGGCAAUCACCGCCACUCUCACAUCAGCAGGCUGAUUAAAGCCCGACAACACCGACAUCAAAUGGAGGCGCGGGACGGGCAGACCGAGGCUAGCGAUGAGAACGGUCCCGAUAGUUUGGCCAACUCGGAUCCUAUACGCAAACCGUCUCUGCCAGUACUUGAUGCGCUGGCGGGUGAGAGUGAGACCUGCGACCCACUACAAAACGUGACCUGUCUGGAGGAUAUAGCGGACGUGACCAUUUGGAAACGAGACUCCACCGAAACGGAUCAGCAGGUGGUCGUCGAAACCGUCGUGGAGGUCGUUGAUGCCCAAAACCACACGCUCUGGCAAUCCACCGGGACUGAACUGCCUAUGACCAUCUCCGACCCGUCGUUUGGCACUAUCACCCUUUCACCCGGUCCGUCGUCUACGGCGGAACCAUCCUCAGUCGACGGGGUUGCUGUUUUGCUUUCUAGUCAGCCACGGACAUCACAGUCUCUUGUCUCGCCUACGCGUUCCCCGAUACCAGUGGCUGGAGCCGUCAGCUCUGCGCCGCCCAUCUCCACUCCGCUCAUCGGGUCUGCCACUACCGCGUCAGCAACGAAGAGUACACCUUUGGCGCACAACAACUUCCUCACGCCAAUCUCAGCCUCGAGCUCGUCGAGCUCCGAGACACAUUCGUCACACACUUCUUCAUCAACGUCUACCACGACUGGAUUCUUCGGGGGUUCGGGAAACACCGGCGGGAGUACUGGCAGCGGAUCAGGCACAUCCCCUAAUGAUCCGUCAUCCGGAGGAUCUGGCUCGAUCAAUCCCACUACCUCAAAGAUUGUCGGCGGUGUUGUGGGCACGGUGGCCGGUAUUGCCAUGAUUAUUCUUCUUCUCUUCUACUACCUACGCCGCCGAGGGUUCUUCCGCAACAAGACUCCCGCACGCCUUGGCUCUCAGGACGAAACGGCCGGAACGCGCGAGAUGGCCAGCAACGACGACUCGCUCUUCACAGCAUCGUACUUUGCGCCCGCCUUCAUGAACCGCUGGCGUAAUUCAGCGCAAACUGCGCAGACCGACAGCACACGGAGUUCCAAUCCCAGCGAGCGCGGUUUCCAGAAGAUCUCUGGCCGCAAAAUCCAAUCUGUUCUCACGUCUGGCGGCGACGGGUAUGGGGGCAGUCCUCCUGAGGACUCACCCACCCUCCCCCCUGGACUCUUCUCUCCCACGUCACCGCGUGCCUCUCCCUCCUCACAUGCUCCGCCACCAGUAAACCCGUUCAGCAGUCCACUGGACUCAAAGUAUACGCGAGAAACAGAAGAACCCGGCGCGGGGGUACUGCGCCCCUCCCCCGCGCGUAACCCCGUCCCAGGCUCGGCGAAUGUCGCCAUGUCCACGCCCAUUACUGCGCAGCCCCAAAACGUGGCGGCCUCUGUAGCUCCUCUAGCUGCUCACCGACCCGAUGGGCUAGGCCGCAGCUUUCCCAGUUUUGAUGGGAGUCGGGGCAGCCGAUUCCAGGAGAGCUUGGAUCUGUGA